AUGGCGGCAUCCUUUUUAGUGAGAGUGUUUUUUACUCCAUUAUUUGUAUACAUUUCUCAAUUUAUAACAUGCAGUGCGCAAAGUGAGGACAGUACAACUGAAAACCCAAGUGUUAAGUUUACUGAGAUUGAUGUAUGGGGAUUCCGACUAUGGCAGGUUGCAGGUAUGGUCUUGGCGGCUAUUCUUGUCUGCAUUGUGAUUGCGUGCUGCUUCUCCCAGAAACGAAUUCCCAGAACAAAGAAAGAAAUUGAAGCGAGGCAUAAAAAGAGAAUGAUCGUUGAAAAGUAUGCAAACGAGAUGAACAGACUACAUGUGAAGGAUUUACCUAAACCUCCCCGAGAAAUGCUGCAAGUGGAGGCUGAAUUACAACAGGCUGCUCCAAAGAAAAGAAAAUCCGACGGAACAAAGGGACGUAAUAUCACCAAGAAGUUGUUCAAGGGGAGAAAUAGAAAAACUAACACACAGCACAUUGAGGAGAGUUCUUUGGUUCAUAAUCCAAUAACCAGUGAUCCAGAAUUAACAGCUGAUCCAAGGAUUAUAGAGGAACCCCUCGGAGGUUAUCACAGAAAGCCAGGACAGUCUGCAAGACAAUACACACUGUCAAACUUGUAA